UGGUGUGCUUUAAUAGAAGGCGGUUGCUCAUAGAAGUAGAUAAAUUUGUAUAAAAGUUCAAGCGAUGGCACCCAAUACAGAGCAUUUCAAUAACGAUGAGCUGCAACCCCCGGAAUGGUUGAACGAUGAGUUCUUCCUGAAAGUGUUAUACAACUGUGAAGUCACAGCAAAGGCAAAUGGUUUGCAGCUGAUCCAAACGAAAAUAUCGCCGGCUUCGCAGAAAGGCGAUCACUAUGCGAGUAUUAUGUUUCGUGCGGCCCUGGAUUACCGGCUGAAUGAUGUAGUUAAAAGCAGAUCUUUGAUUAUCAAAACAAUGCCCGAGAUGGAGGGGCACAAGAAGGAAAUGGUGAGCGAAUCACAUAUUUUCGAGACGGAAAUUGGAAUGUACGCGGAAGUGCUGCCGCGUCUUGAGCGCAUUUUGAGAGAGGCUGGCGACGAUACGGUGCUAAAGGCAGCAUGUUUAUAUCACUCGCUAAGUCCGAAAAAGGUAAUCGUUUUUGAGGACAUUGUGCCGCUGGGCUAUGAGGUUAUACGUGGCCGUUUCGUUAAUAUCGAAGAACUAAAAUUGGCUUAUGCUAAGCUGGCAAAAUUACACGCCACCAGCUAUAAAAUUAACAAAGAGGAGCCACAUUAUUUUGAUAAAUAUUGUAAUAGCAUGUUUGAUAUGCCUAACAUAAUGGAAGACGAAAUGAUGACUAGUGGCAUUAGCAACUUUAUUGAUUUUCUAAACGAGACACCAGCACUGCGUCAGUAUGUGCCGUAUUUCGAGCCAUUUAGAAAAAAUUUGUUGCAAAAGUGCCUGGCUGGUUUUCAUGAACUCCGCGAUGCACCCAAAGCAGAUGGCUACUAUGCGAUGUGCCAUGGUGAUUUUCAUGGGAAAAAUAUGAUGUUCAAACAUGACCCGGUUACUGGCAAAUGUGAAGACGUAAUGCUGCUCGACUACCAGGUCAGCUAUGUAGGUCCCAUAGUCAAUGACUUAUUGUACUCCCAAUACCUGCUGCUCGACGCGGAUUUGCGUAAAAUUUAUCCCGAAAUCCUACAUCACUAUUUCACCGUUUUUGCCAGCACUUUGAAAAAAAUCGGCUUUCAGGGUGAAAUGCCAAAACUAGUGAGAUUAAGGCAACAACUCCUGGAGCACAAGCAUUACGAGCUUUUCCUAGCAACCAGUGUUCUGCCAAUGGUUUAUGCUUUCCAAGACCCGAAAACCGAUUUGAAUGACUUGAUGACUUCCAACGAUUACCGACGCACAUUAUAUCAUGCUAAAGUGUACACUGAUGAGCUGCACGAGUUGCUUCCGAAGUUACUGCACUUAGGUUAUUUUGAGGAUUAGAAAUGAUUUGACUAUUUUCAUUAAGAAAAAGGGUCUGUUGCUAGUGUUAUUAUUUAAAUAAAUGAACAAGUAAAAAAUAUAU